AUGGAGAUAGAUGGCUUCGAUGCAUGUUCAGACCAACGGCAGAAGGGCGUCGACGUGAACGCACGGCUCGAUGCCUACGGCGGCACGGCCCUGUUCCUAGCAAUCGAGCAGGGCAACUGGGAUAUGAUGAAGUGGCUGGUCGAAGAGGCCAAGGUCGACCUUGAGAUUCUUGAUUAUGGAGGCUACAAUGCUCUCGACUACGCAGCUGCCUGCCACUGGCACCAUCCAGAUCGGCCACCGAUGCUGCCCGGUGGAAAGCCGGCGCCCAUGGACAUCGCCAGCUUCCUGAAAGGCCAAGGCAUGCAGUACACUUGGUUCGGCGCAGCUCUGGCAGAGGAUAUUGACAGACUGUGGGAGUUCCUCGAGAACGGCCAAGAUGUUAACGAGCGAGGGGGCCACUUCAACAAGAGCGCCCUAGAGGAAGCCGCGGACAAUGGUGGCUACUGGACUGCGAAGUUCUUGAUGGUCAAGGGCGGACAGGUCAGCGUGACUCCGAACUGGAUCUACUCCAUGUCGCCGGAGAGCCACUGCACGGCCAACAUCCAGGGCAAGCUCGCAAAGUGA